AUGUUAAGCAGAAACAGAAGGCUAUGCUGCUGUCAAAAAGCGCAGCAGCAGCGCCGAAUUCGCAGGGACCGCAGCACAGCAGCAGCACAGCUCCAGCAGCUGCUGGUGCAACAGAGCACCAGCAGCAGCAACAUACCAGCAGGAGCAGGAGCAGCAGCAGCAACACACCUGCCGCAGCAACAGUGGAUGCAGAAAGCUGCACAGCAAGUGUGGCCGCAACAGCAGCAACAGACAGCAGAAGCAUCAGCAGCACCAGGAAAAGCAGCAAAAGCGGCAGCAGCAGCAGCAGCGGCAGCAGCAGCAGCGGCACACAGGGAUGAUCAGUGGACGCAACGGGGCACCUGA